GAAAGAAUCGCAGUCAAUCGCGGGGACCAACGAAUUGCCGAUUACAAUGUAAACCAGACCAAACUAUGGUCCUCCAAUGGAAUUCAUCUGACAGUAUAUUCGCUAGACCAGGAUGUAGAUCCAAAAAUGCUGAUGACUCAGUAUCACCAUUUGGCAGUUAUUCUGGACCUUAGUUGUAGUGGCAGUGGUUAUCUACUUGCUCAGGCAUCUAAAGAGAAGCAUUUCAGCAGUCUGCACCAUUGGUUGCUGUUGUCUGAAAAGACUCUGUCACUGAGUGUGGACCCACUAAUCACUACUCUGGAACCAUUUGACCUGCAGUUAGACAGUCAUGUGACUAUAGCACAUAUUGGAUCCAGUUUGAAACAAGUUCUACUUCAAGAUGUGUACAGGAUUGGACGCCAAGAUCCUUUAAUAAUCACACCACCUCGUGAUUGGACUUCAGGACAACUCAUUUCUCCUGGAUCUCAGAUAGACAAUUAUAAUGGGAUUCAUUUAAGGACUUCUGUUUUAGUGGUGGAUGGUACAUGGGAUACACACACAGACCUUAACUACAGACAUCUCAACACAGAAUCCAAAAUUAAUUAUGUCUUAAUGACCUAUGUAUCUGAAAUGCUAAACUUCAGGAUGAAUAUAACCUUAACAGACACAUGGGGGUAUCCAGAAGAAGGACCUGACUGCUUCAGUGGUAUAGUUGGGACACUGCAGUGUGGUGAAUGUGAGAUCUCUGCCACUGGAGUCAUGUGGAAGAUGGAGCGUAUGGAUGUUAUUGAUUAUGUUACGGAGAUUACAAAAUUCAGGGGUGCAUUUAUGUUUCUGAAGCCAUCAUUAUCUGAGGUAUCGAUAAUUUAUGAAUUACCAUUCAGUUCAUCAGUAUGGGCAACUUAUAUAUUAACUGUGGCCUUCUUGACUAUUGUAUUGGUCUUUGUCCAACAUGUUGAGAGACAUGUCAGGCCAUUAUCAUCACCUGAUCAUCCAGUUUCAUGGAGUGAUGCUGUGUUGGACACAGUUGGAAUUGUGUGUCAACAAGGCACAGAAAACAUCCCCAAGAACCUUGCUUCCAGGAUGGUAUUCAUCUUUAUGAUGUUACUUUCUCUGUUCCUGCUUACAUCCUACUCAGCAAUAAUUGUUUCGCUGAUUCAAACAACUAGUUCAUCGAUUAGCACUCUGACAGACUUGAUGCAGAGUGCAAUGAAACUAAGCAUGAAUGACAAACUUGCUAAUGAAAUUACAGAUCCUGCUGUAGAAAAAGUAUUCAAGGAGAAGUUAUAUACACAACCUUUUCAUGAAGCAUUUAUCACUGAUGAAGUAGGAGUGGAAAGAAUACGAAGAGGGUUGAAUGCUUUUCAUGGCAUUAAUGGUGCAUAUAAGAUCAUAAGUGACACAUAUGAAGAACAUGAAAAGUGCAGAUUCAAAGAGAUAAAAAUGUUUGAGGCUAAUCAUGUUGGUUUUCCAAUAAGAAAAGGAUCUCCUUACACAGAACAUAUCAGACAAAGGACACACUGGUUGAGAGAAGCUGGAAUGGUGGGACGAGAAGAAACACGGUGGUACUAUCCGAAGCCACGAUGUGAAACCAGUGGUCAGAAUUUUGUGAGUGUGGGAAUCCAGGAAUUCUAUCCUACAUUGGUGAUUCUAACAUAUGGUAUCUUCUUGUCCAUUGUAAUGUUGGUGGUAGAAGUAGUCUAUAACAAGUAUCAACAUAUUCUUCUUGUGACUUCUUUCAAAUCAUGUACCAGGAAGAUAAGAAAUUAAAGAAACUUGCAAAAACACCACAUUU